AGGGUUAUUCAGUCAGGUCAGCUUGCGUACAGGGAAAGUUAUUUCAACUGGGCAAAGAAUCUCAGACUCAUUUGAGUACCUGCUCCGUGAAAUCCUCCGCAGAGGUACAGCUUGCCUUCCACGCAGCCUGCACAGGUAGAGUUUGUUCGCAAGGAGAGGAGCGGGGAAGGCAUAGGAGGUCCGUCCCUCCAGAAGUCUCCAUCAGGGUUAUAAAUCUCCACUGCAUCAAGACAUUUCCGUGUCUGCCCCCUGUCGCGGCCAAGGCACCCAAUUCCUCCUAUGGAAAAAGGACACCUCGGAAAGAUCAUUAGAAAGUGAACUCAAAGCAGGACACAACCCAUUACUUACAGAAAUCCAGCACGAUCCUUUCUGAGGGCUUGUAACAAAGGAAGGACAAGAAACAUGUCUUCAAAACACAAAGGUCAUUCGUCCAGAAUGCCCGAGGAAAGUUCACCAAAGCGGAGUCCUCAAAACAUCCCAUACAAGGACCUGCCCCACAUCAUCAACGCUGAUGGGCAGCACCUCUUCUGCAGGUACUGGAAGCCAGCAGCAGCUGCCAGGGCCCUCGUGUUUAUCGCUCAUGGCGCUGGGGAACACUGCGGCCGUUAUGAUGACUUGGCCCAGAGGCUGACAGAACUUAACUUGUUUGUAUUUGCCCAUGACCAUGUUGGCCAUGGGCAGAGCGAGGGGGAUCGGAUGGUUGUCUCAGAUUUCCACGUCUUCAUCAGAGACAGCUUGCAGCACAUUGAUCUCAUGAAAAAGGAUCAUCCAGGGCUGCCCAUCCUCAUCCUGGGGCACUCCAUGGGGGGAGCCAUCUCCAUCCUGACAGCCAGCGAGAGACCCAGUGACUUUUCAGGCAUGCUGCUAAUCUCUCCUCUGGUGGUUGCUAGCCCAGAAGUUGCCACCCCCAUCAAGGUUUUUGCAGCAAAAGUACUCAACCUCGUGCUUCCAAACUUGUCACUGGGAUCAAUAGAUCCAAAUGCAAUUUCCCGGAACAAGAAGGAGAUGGAGUCCUACACAUCUGACCCCCUGGUCUACCACGGUGGCAUGAAGGUCUCCUUUGUCAUCCAGCUGAUGAAUGCCAUUACCAGAAUCGAGCGAGCUCUGCCCAAGCUGACUUUGCCCAUCCUGGUGCUGCAUGGCUCUUCUGACAAGCUCUGCGAUAUCAAAGGCUCCUAUUUACUGAUGGACACGGUGCAGAGCCAGGACAAAACGCUGAAGGUGUACGAGGAAGCCUACCAUGCACUGCACAAAGAGCUGCCUGAGGUCACCGCCUCCGUCUUCACAGAAAUACUGACAUGGGUUGGCCAGAAGGUUUCAGCAGCUGGAGAAACCAGCCAGACCUAAGAGCAAUCCUUUCUGCAACUCUUACUGGGGUUUUCUGGGAAUAGAAGCUUUCUGUAGUAGAAUUCUCUCUGGAAAAGAUCUGGUGUGGAGGGACUCGUGGGAUAUUUUGCCAUGCACAGUGUAAGGGUUGGGGGGAGAGGCACAGGGUGGGUGUUACUCACUGGCAUAGAUGACCCUUGCCACAAUGUGAGGAAGCACUGACAGCUGUGGGAACGGCCCCCAAGGCCUUCCAGGUCGGGUAAUUUUACUGAGAUUCCCCCCACUCACAGAGCUUCCUCCAUCACUUCCUCUUCUCUGCUUUUGCGGGGGUGGCGGGGGUGCAUUUAUACUGCAAUAAUUUUUUGGUAUGUUAAAGAAGCCAAUAUCUUCCACUUUGCAGUUUCGAUUCCCUGUCCCCACCACCUGGUCCUUUCUCAGCCCUGGCAGAGGAGGGGACGAGUGUAGACUCAAGCCCACGCAGCACAUUUGCAAACCAGGCUAUUCCCAAUGCCAAACCCCAUUGCCUCUGCAAGAUAAACUAUUCUGUAAAUAGUUGUAGGGGCUGCUUUUUUCCCUUGUUUCUUUUUUUUUCCUCUUUGUUCUUUUUUUUCCCUCUUGGAAUUAAUCAUUUGCGCUACUGAAACUGAAAAAGCAGAGUUAUAUGAGAAUAUAGUAAUAUAAUAUAUGAUGUAUAUAGAGGUGGCUGGGAGCUGGGGAAGAAAUGGGAGGAGAGGCUAAAAAAAGGUUAAUUGUUCAUUCUCUUGGCGAGGAAUAAUGUUGUCCUAUCAGGAUCCAGCCUUUUCACCAUAACUUUACAGUCAUAACAUGUUGUUUUCCUUCAUCGCUUGGAAAAUGUCCUGAAAAAACCCCUAUAGAGAAGCACAGAGCAUCUGGUGGGUAGGGAUUAGCAGCGGGCAUCUUCAUGGUCCACUGCUCCAGCAGGAGACCCACGGCGUGACCCCAGAUUGUGGCCAAGCUCCUGCCCACCUCCUGCCUCCUACUUGCCCCUCUUCCUCUGCUUCUGUAAAUGAGGACGCGGGGCCUUUCCCAUGGAGACAAACCUCAUUGGGGGUCUGGUGCCCCUGCCCUGGGCUGGAUCCUGCCCACCAUGGGGGGUCUUACCCCUCCCUCCUGCCCUUGGAGCCACUUCUGGAGAGAUCCAGGAAAGGGACCUCAGUGCAAUAGCAGGCAGAACCCAUCAACACACCGGCGUGCAAGAUGCACGGGUGCAGGUUGUAUCCUUACAAUCGCCCCUACGGGUCCAAGUCAGGAAAGCUCUUAUAGAGGUGAAUGCAGACAUUUUUCCACUUGCGUUUUCCUGCCCUUAAGGGGAGGAACCAGCUGGAGUUCUCCCAGCACUGCCAACUUGUGAUUUAAACACCAUUCCUGUGCAAUCAGGUGCUCCCACCCACCCCUGCUAAACCUGCAGCAACUCUCGCACUGUUGCUUUGCUGCAAAUUCAUUUUUCCCAAACAAGGUCCCUCUGUGCCAGAUGCUGCUGGGAAAGCCACAGCAGGCAACACCAUGAUGGGGACAAGGCCCCCCAGGAGCAGGAGCCACAUGGGUGUGAUGCAGCAGUGACAGAUGGCACAGAGGUCAGAGCAAGACGAUGACUCGAGGGUGGGAUUUUUGAAAGCACUUUUCCCCAGGAAGUCAGGAGGAACAAAUUGAUGCCCCCGUUCUUUAUGUCCCGAACUGACAAGCACUUUGCCAGGGAGCAGGAGGGUCAGAGCCCACUGCCUGCCCCAGGGUCUGUGGUCAGUGCCUUGCAGAACAUGUCUCGCCCAUGACACAUCUGCAGCCUGGAAGAAAGGAAAGGCAGGCAGUUAUGUGCAUCUGGGGAAUUCUGUCCAGUGGUACUGGCUGCCCAAGGGAAGCUGUGAUUGAAAAUCAGGUUAGCAAGCAAAUAUGUACCUGCUGCUCCCUUACCCUGCACGUAAGCUACUUUAUAUUGACCCAGUUCAGUUUCUCCGUGCCCUGGAGGAACCCUUCCUUCACUGACCAGAUUAGCAACGAGCAGAGCUGCUGCCAAGGGAAAUGUAAUUAAGCUAUUUCCCAGCAGCAGGUACCAUGAGCAGGGAGCACAGCUGGCCUUACGAAUGUUGCUGUGCAGAGACCAGCCUGCCUUGGAGAAGAGGUGGCACCCGUGACCAAGCAAUAGCAAUGUGCAGCUGCCACCCGUGCCACCACCUGUAGCACUGGGAGACCAUUCCCCUCUGCCCACCACAUUUUCCAUUUAGCCUGUCCUUUUUGUACCACUUACCUUAGCACACUGCCAGCAUAGACCCUUGAAGAUCACACUUAUUUUUUCAAGUAAAUUGUCUCUCUCGUUUUGUUGUGUCCCAGUUCAAUAAAAUUUAUAUAUAUAUAUAUACAUAUAUAAAAGCAUAUAUACAUACACUUGUAUUUUCAGUGGGAAACCAUAUACAAGUUUAGGAUUCUUAAAGGAAUACAAUGUAUAUUGCAACUAAUAAUAAAGUUAUGUUUUCUGAA